CUGUGACAAGAAAGCACAUUUUCGACUAGAAUAUAAUACAACUACUGAACAAUAUUUUACAAUAACCUUAAAGAUAUCGCCCUGCAUAAUCCAAAUUGCAUUUAAAGAGUGUUUAACAAUGUUAAGAUUACCUGCUUUCGAUCCCACAAGACCUCCACCGCUUAAUAUUUCAUCACUGCGUGACCCUGCGUCAGAUCAAAAUUUCGUUGAUGCUUUUUUGAAGGCAAGAGGCCACCUAAAAGCAGAAAAUUAUCCUCGCACAAACAAACCGACCACAGUAUCGAUCAGUGAACUUAAAACCACUCUUGCUCAGCUUGUUACAGAACUUGAACAGCUGCAGAUAGAAAAGGAAUCUCUCGAAAAGGAAAUCGAUCGUAUGCCAGAAGCAGAAUGGAAAAUUGCGUCUGAGCGGCUGCUGCAAAUGCAGCAACACAUCGAGCAAAAGUUGCAGCAAAUAAGCGAUUCCAACGUUUACGGACGGCUCAAACAGAAGAUACAUGCACGACGCAAAAAACGUGCAUGGCAGAAACGGCGAAACGGUCGAUUGCGUGAACAAAGACAGGAUCGUUUGAAGGAUCGUGAAAAACUGCACGAAAGCAUCGCUUUAUGGCAACAAGAGCAGCAGAAAUUGCUAGACGAAGAAAGGCAGGUUCAACAGCAGAUGGAGUGCGCUAGCCAUUUUCUAGACGAUGUCCGUCGUCGUAAAGCGGCCUGUAAACGGCAUUUGGCGAAGUUUGAAAAAAUGCGAAAGCAUUCGUCCAGUGCCCGACGGGAGGAUGAAGAAAAACGAUUCACCGCCGAGCUGGUCGGAUUGACGCAAACCUGGACGGCCAAACUGGCCGAUUGCAUCAAGGAAGAAAAGCGCAUUAAGGACGUAUUGGCUAGAAAGUCGGCUGCCAAUUUUAAACGACGCGUGGAAAAUGAAUGGAAUCGGACGCUGUUUGGUGAUGUGGUUCCGAAAAAGUUCGAACAUCCGCUGCUUGUGGCUGACCGCGAUCCGGCCGUUAUGAUCGAGACGCGGUGGGCCUGGGAUGCUUGUCUGGUUGACGAGGGUGACGGAGAUGAUAAUAAUAUUCAAACGCAGGCCAGUGCCAUCCCGUUGGGAUGGGUGUUGCCACCGAAAGAUGCUUUACCGGAGUGGGCUCAGUAUCGAGCUUUUGAGUCAAAAUGAAUAAUGAAAAUGAAUGUGUUGGAUUGAUAAUAAA